AUGCUAUUCCCACACAUGUCAACCGAUCUUUGUGGCAGACUUGCACGGGAUCUUUUUGGUAAUUGCAAUGCCAAUAAGAACAAAACAGAUGCUUGUCUUGACAAAGAAAUCUGUGAGUCUCUGAUUGGCACCACAUACAAAGUGGCUGCCAAGCUUUGGAACAUGAUCAGUCCACUUGAAAACGACCAGAUUCCACAAGGAGCCCAUCCCAAUCACCUGUUUUGGACCCUUUGCUUUUUGAAGAACUACUGUACCGAAACGAUUGUUUGGCUGAAACGGUUUGAUGGCUGGGAUGGAAAGACGCACUGUGUCAUCUCUGUUGACGGUGUUGACUGUCCUAUCCAAGAGAUUUGGCCGUUUGAUGAAGCAAUCUUCUCCAAGAAGUUGAAUGGACCAGGCUAUAAGUAUGAAAUCGGUAUCUGUAUUGCAACCGGAGCUAUAGUCUGGGUAAAUGGUCCUUUCAAGGCAGGCCGUAAUGACAAGACAAUUUUUGAACAUGAUGGUCUCAUGCAAGCUUUGUGUGAGGAUGAGGGCGUGGAGGUGGAUAUGGGAUAUCAAGGCCUCGACCAGUUAAAAAACCCAAAGAUUUCACAGAGUAAAAAGGACGGCAUGCAAAAGAGUAAGGCAAGGGCCCGACACAAAAAUGUGAAUGGAGAGCUGAAGAAAUUUGUAGUUCUUGAUCAAGUCUUUCGCCACAAUCCCAAGACAAAACAUCAAGCCUGCUUUGAAGCUGUUGCUGUCAUCUGCCAGAUGCAGCACGACUUUGGAGGACAUCAAAAUUCUUGCGAAUAUGAUGUGACUUACAAUUAA